AUGGGAAUAUCGAUGUUCGUCGGAGUGGUUCUGCAGAUAUUUGUUUUAGUUGCUAAUUCUGAGAUUUUGCACAGAAAAGCCCUUAAACAAGACAAUAUUAUUCGAGAUGAUUUGCCGUCUCAAGGAGUGCAAUUGCUUGAAGACGAUACGCAUGUUGUAAUAAGCAAUGGAAUAGUUAGCAUCAGAUUAACAGUACCAGGUGGUUCUGUCACUAAUAUCACUUACAAAGGGAGUGACAAUUUGCUUUUUCCAGAAAAUAAUGAAGCAGAUAGAGGACACUGGGAUGUUGUUUGGAACAAUACAGCACAUGCUGAUCAAACUGACAAUUUUGUAGGAACGAGUUAUAAGGUGAUAAUGCAAAACGAAAAUCAAACGGAGAUUUCGUUCACCAGAACAUGGACCUUAAACAGCACAGAAGCUCCUUUAAAUGUCGAUAAAAGAUAUGUAAUGCUAAAAGACUCACCUGGAUUUUACACGUAUGUUGUUCUCGAACGUUUACCGGGAUGGCCGGUUUUUUACAUCCAAGAAGGAAGAGUUUUGUUCAAGCUCAACGAAAACAUGUUUCAGUAUAUGGCUGUGUCUGAUUCGAGGCAAAGGUUUAUGCCAAAGGUUAAGGAUCGUGAAAACGGGAAGGUGCUCGAUUAUAAAGAAGCUGUUCUCCUAACUAAUGCAACAAACCCCGCGUUCAACGGGGAGGUGGAUGAUAAAUACCUAUACACAUGUGAUAACAAAGAUAUAAAGGUUCAUGGAUGGGUAGGCAGCAACCCUUCAUUAGGGUUUUGGAUGAUAACACCAUCCAAUGAAUUUCGGACAGGUGGACCUCUCAAACAAGAUCUCACCACUCAUCUCGGUCCAACUGUUCUCCAUUAUUUUACUAGCACACAUUAUUCUGGAGAAGUUUUAGCAAUCAAAUUUAAAACUGAAGAAUACUGGAAAAAAGUUAUCGGACCGGUUUAUAUCUACCUCAAUUCGAAUGAUUCCGCAAACGCCGAUCCUUCCAUACUUUGGAUUGACGCCAAACAAAGGAUGCAAAAGGAGGAAGCUAGUUGGCCAUAUGAAUUCCCACUUUCGGACGACUUCGUUAAAUCGAAUCAAAGGGGAGCUUUAAGCGGUCAAUUACUUGUUCGCGACUGGUUCGUUAACAAGCAAGCUGUGCCCGGUGCAUCGGCCUAUGUGGGAUUGGCACCACCUGGAAAAGUUGGCUCAUGGCAAUUUGAAAACAAGGGCUAUCAAUUUUGGACAAAAACAAACAAAGACGGAAGUUUUUCGAUUAAGAACGUAAUACCCGGAAAUUAUAGUUUGUUUGCAUACGUGCCUGGAUUCAUCGGAGAUUACAAACAUGCUUCAGACAUCACUAUCACACCUGGAUCCAAUAUUCAAGCAACUAAUGUUGUUUUCGAUGCUCCAAGAAACGGUCCCACGUUGUGGGAGAUCGGAAUUCCCGAUCGAUCGGCCGCCGAGUUCUUCAUUCCAAACACAGAUUCAAGAUUCAAGAUCCAUCAAUACAAAAAACCCGUUGAAAGGUUCAGACAGUACGGACUUUGGGAGCGUUACGAAAAAUUGUACCCACGAAAGGAUCUAGUUUUCACAAUUGGAUCUAGCAAUUAUAGUAAAGACUGGUUUUUCUCUCAGGUUACGAGGUUCGUACACCGAUUUUAUUUUUGAUUUCGUCUUAUUUUUCCUUUUAUUUUUAGU